AUGCUGUAUAUUUCAUUGUUCUUUAAUUUGAAGAAAUCCGAGUUCAUUGUACUGACGACGAUAUAUCUUCAUUCUGUGCGCAUCGUUUAUUUUAAAAACAAGAUCAUGAUAAUCCUUCUGAUAUGGACGGUGGUGCUGAUCGCAGUGUUUGCGUUAUACCUCCGUCAAAUGUAUUCAAGGUUCAAGAAGUAUGGUGUCAAAUACAUCACUCCACUCCCACUAUUUGGCAACAUGUUAAGGGUCAUUUUACGCCUGGACCACUUUGCUUACGAUAUUUUGAAUUUGUAUAACAAGUUUCCAGAGGAAAGGUUCGUUGGAAGAUUUGAAUUUCUUAAUGAGAUGGUACUGAUCCGUGACUUGGACCUGGCGAAACAGAUAGCAAAAUCUAUUCUCUUUGAAAGGUCAAGAAUGGAAGGACAUGCGUUCAACGCUCAGUCCGGCGAGAAACUGAAGGAAUCAAGAACGGGCUAUAUAACUGUUGACUGCAAAGAUCUAACAACCCGUUACGCCAAUGACGUGAUAGCUUCUUGCGCUUUCGGUCUGAAGGUCGAUUCGCAUACGAACGUAGACAAUCAGUUCUAUGCACGAGGGAAGGAGUCUUCAACCUUCGGCUUCCGUCAAAUGCUAAUGUUUUUCUUAAUGAUUAACAUGCCUAAAGUAGCUAAAUUCCUGAGAUGGGAUUUCUUGUCACAAAGAUCCAAAGAUUUUUUCAGUGAUUUGGUAUUGGACACAAUGAAAGACCGCGAAUUAAAACAUAUCAUUAGGCCCGACAUGAUACAUUUGCUCAUGGAAGCUAAAAAAGGAAAACUAACACACGAGACGGCUAAAUCUGAUGACGAGGCUGCAGGGUUUGCGACAGUAGAAGAAUCUGCAGUCGGUGCCAAGACAACUAAUAGAGUAUGGACAGACGAUGAUCUAAUUGCUCAAGCAGUGCUGUUUUUCGUCGCUGGUUUUGAAACCGCAUCUUCUGGAAUGAGCUUUCUGCUAUACGAGCUGGCUAGUAAUCCUGAUGUACAAGAUCGAUUGGCAAAAGAAAUAAGAGAUCAUCACCAUAAAAAUGGGGGUAAAUUUGACCUGAAUUCGAUGCAGAAUAUGACGUAUCUUGAUAUGGUCACGUCAGAACUAUUAAGGCUGUGGCCGCCAGGCAUCGCUCUAGACAGACAGUGCACUAAAGAUUACAACUUGGGUAGACCUAACAAGAAUGCUGAUAAAGAUUUUAUUAUUCGAAAAGGAACAGGAGUCCAGAUUCCGGCAAUCGCCUUCCACCGUGAUCCACAGUACUUUCCUAACCCUGACAAGUUUGAUCCUGAGCGCUUUUCUGAGGAGAACAAGCAUAAAAUUCAUCCAUUCGCCUACAUGCCUUUUGGGGUUGGACCAAGGAACUGUAUAGGUUCAAGAUUUGCUCUCUGUGAGAUAAAAGCUAUCACGUACCAAAUCCUGCUCCACAUGGAGCUAUCACCCGCUGAGACCUCGUGCUUGCCAAUUAAGCUCUCUACUGAGUCGUUCAACUUAAGAAUUCAAGGUGGACACGACCUUAGAUUUAGACUUAGACCCUGA